UAUUUUCCAUUUGACUUUGGUCUGCAGGCAUCAUGGUGCGCAUGAAUGUUCUCGCUGAUGCGCUGAAAAGCAUCAACAAUGCUGAGAAACGAGGAAAGCGGCAGGUUCUGAUUCGACCCUGCUCCAAAGUCAUUGUGCGCUUCCUGACUGUCAUGAUGAAGCACGGCUACAUUGGCGAGUUCGAGAUUAUCGACGACCAUAGAGCUGGGAAAAUUGUUGUUAAUCUCACAGGCAGACUAAACAAAUGUGGCGUCAUCAGCCCCCGAUUUGAUGUUCAAAUCAAGGAUCUGGAGAAGUGGCAGAACAACCUGCUACCCUCUCGUCAGUUUGGAUACAUUGUAUUGACCACCUCAGCUGGCAUCAUGGACCAUGAAGAAGCCAGGCGAAAACACACAGGAGGCAAAAUCCUGGGAUUCUUUUUCUAAAAUAUGUAAAGGCACCUGCAAAUAAAAUGCUUUCAGUGGG